CUGAUCAUGUUCAUCUUUCUUUCCCUCUUGCAUUGCACCUAUUUCGUCCAAGGUGCGCGUCCAAGACGUCGCUCUAUCAGCUGAUUCCACUUCCCGACCAACGCCAGUAAAUCGAAGUCAGAACAUAGAUCGACAAACAUGUUCAAAUCCGGCGGCACGCCCCCGCGGGCAUCGGCGACUGGGAGUCUUCGUGGUAGACCUGAGAAGCCGUUCUACAAUCACGCACAAGCGUCUCGAUCAACGACAGACCUCCCCAGUACGAUAGUGUACGGGUCAUCUUAUGGAGGCAUAUCACUUUCGCCCAUGGUAAUGGCAUCGCCGCGUUCGAGCCAACACAGCCAACACAGCCAGCGCACCUUAUGGGCUAGAAGGGGGUCGCUGGAGGGCCUCUCAAGCACGAUUGAGCCAGGUCAAAGAGCAGCCUUCGAACCACCGAUACUGCGCCCAUCUGAUGCACUUCAGACAACAGAACGCAUGCGACGUUUCCUCCUCCAUAAUUUCAACUGCCUACGACAAUCGACUCCAGCUCUUACCCAACAGCGAACUGCGCUUCUCUACCGCUUACGAGUACAAGCCAAACUGUACCCCUUGAAGAUUGACAUAGCUCCUGUUCAAAACCACGCUCACUCCAACAUACAUAUAAUCCAGACGGCGCUACAGUCUUCAUAUCCACUAAAUCCAUACUUGCGUUCAGACACAUCCAGAUGGUACAAAUAUCAGCCUACUGCCAAUUUGUUCGCGGGCUUGUUAUCUGCCCGCAGGGCAUUCCCAGCCACCUCGGACGAUUGUGAUUGGCCCUUCGGUCAACGAGAAUUUACAGGUGGACGUUAUUUGCAUCUUCAGAUGUGCGAAGAAUGGCUAACGCUAUCAUGUAUUGGAAGGGAAUGUCGAUGAAGUGUAGUGAUAGCAUAUACUUACAGUUUGUCCAAUCGAAUAUUCAUGUAGUUUACCG